UAAACAAACCGCAUGGCUAAUGGCGGAUCGCGUUGGGCGGGAGUGGUGGUCACGUACGUGGCGGUUUUAAUUGCGAUUUUCCUGCCAUUUUUGGUAAUUGUGUUAAGGAAACGAAGACAAGGAAAACCUCUGAGGCUAAGAGCAAUGCCAUCGUCAUGUGCUGCAUAUGGAUGCACGUCCCGGGCAGGCAAAGAUGUGGUGUCCUUUUUUCGGUUCCCGAAGGACGCAGACCGUCGGCUUGCCUGGGUCCAAGCCACCAGAAGAAAGGGAUUUGUCCCAUACGUGGGCUCAAGGCUGUGUUCAAAACACUUUGUGACAGGAAAACCAAGCAUGGACAAGUGUCAUCCAGAUUACAUCCCAAGUCUCUUCAACUUUCCGAAGUCCCAGGGAGCCAAAUCUGCGGAUUCGGGUCAGGUCAAGAGGGCUGACCGUGCCGCAGCCAGGCGGAGGCUGCCUUUGAAAGAGAAUGAUGGAGCUGCUGCUGCUGAAGAUAGCGUUGUGAGACAAGAUCAUGCAGCUGCACACACAGAGGACGCAACUCCUGGCACAGAGAUGUCAACAGAGACUGAUACAACUUCCGAGCCAACGAGGGAUGCAGCAACAUCUACAGCAGAACUACCAUCAGAGAUCCAGCGACAGCUGGUCAUUUCAAGCCUCAUUCAGCGUAUUGAGGAUUUGGAGGCUGAAAAUGCAAAGCUUCGAGCUGAAAAUGAUAAGUUGCGUGGAACUACAGGUUUUUCAUACAACCACAUCAAAGAUAAUGAGCCAAUGUUUAAAUAUUACACUGCAUUUCCAUCAGUGAGGGUUUUCUUGUGGUUCCUCAACCUACUGACCACAUGUUGUCCAUCUCUGUGCAGCGGGCCUGUAGGUGCCCAUGACAUGGUCCUGAUGACAAUGAUGAAGCUGAAGCUCGCAUUGACGCACCAGGACAUCGCAUACCGCUUUGGGUUGUCCUUGGCUCGGGUGUCUAGAACUGUGAACCAUUGCUUAGGGAGCAUGGGCUUUGUGUGUAGGAAAAUGAUUGUUUGGCCAGACAAGGAAACGGUCAUGAGCAAUUUGCCGCUGUGCUUCAGACACCCAAAACUGAGGAAUGUGAGGGUGGUUUUGGAUUGUUUUGAGGUGUUUACUGAUCGCCCCAAAAACCUGUCAUGUAGAGCCAAGACCUACAGCAACUACAAACACCACAACACAUAUAAGGUGUUGUUGGGGAUUUCUCCUGCAGGUGCUAUCACCUUCAUAUCAGAGUCUUGGGGUGGCAGGGCCUCUGACAAGCAUAUCAGCUUAUGUUCUGAGUUGCUGGACUUGAUGGAACAGGGUGAUACCAUUCUAGCUGAUCGUGGGUUCACGAUCAAAGAGGAGAUGGCUGUGUAUGGCGUGCGUGUGAUCACCCCUGCCUUUGUAAAAGGUAGACCGCAGAUGAGUAGCUCUGAUGUCGAGACCUCACGCCUCCUUUCUAGAGCAAGGAUUCAUGUAGAGAGAGUGAUAGGUCGCAUGCGUGGAAACUUCAGGAUCUUGAAGAUGUCUCUGCCUGUGAUCAUGUUCCCUCAGGUAGAUAACAUUGUUGCUGUCUGUGCUGCUGUUACCAACUUACACAAGAACAUUGUUACAUGAAGCUAAUCUGGUUACAGGUACCUACUACUAGUGUUCAUGUGGGACGGGUACCAACUCUAGCUUCAUGACUGCUUGCCAGUAAGCCCAACAAUAUGUGCUGUCAUUAGUUUUGCUCGCUCAUGGUGCCUUGCUACUUUUUGUACCAUCAACUCAAGUCAUAUUUGUUGUCAUCUAUGUGCUGGAAGUCAUUUGUUGCCUGCUUAUGGUGCCUUGCUACAUUGCGUAUAUUCAAGCAUAUUUGUUGUCAUGAAUGUCAGAUGUUGCACGUCUUUCAAUACAAGACAAGUCAUGAA